UUUACGUUUUCACAAUUACAGUUGUUGAUUAGUGAAGUUGAUUAGUUCCUAUCGGUUGACUAAACACGUACUUCACGCUCGAAGUGUUAGACCAGUCUGUAUACAUAAAAUAUUGAUUUAUGUUACAGGUUGUUAACUGUUCAGUUGUUACAUGAAACCUUAAUGGAUUUAAGUAUAGACACAACAUAAACGUUUGCUAUUAAAACUAUGACAUUCUGAUAGAAUUAAGAAUAAAAACACCCGUACAACAAUGUCAAAAGAUAAUAUAAAGGGAUUUAAAUUAAAUAACAAUUUAUGUUUAAUUCAGUUAUGGAUAACAUUUAUAGUAACGUGUAGUAUUCAGUUCGCCUCAUGCGAACUUAUCAUUGUUCAGACGGCGUUAGGAAAUAUUUCCGGUUCUAUUGAGGAAGUGACAUCAUACGAUGAUACCGGAAAUCCGUCAGUCAUGUUCUUCGCGCAGUACUUGAGCAUUCCCUACGCCGAACCUCCCAUCCGUUUCCGGCGACCUGAGCCUAAAACCCCGUGGGCGGGGGAGUACAACGGGACGUUCUACCGUCCGGCAUGCUACCAUCAAGGCGACCCGGCUAGGGUGGGCACAUUUCACGUGAAGACUGCAAUGAUGUCCGAAGAUUGCCUAACGCUCGAUAUAUACGCGCCAAACAGCACUAUCGUUAACCAGUCGUCACUUCCGGUGCUUGUUUUCUUAUACAGUUCACCAGGUUAUUCCAGCGCUUUCGCUGCCGAUGUUCUGUGCACGGUAGGGGACGUCGUGGUUGUGGUGAUAAACUUCCGUCAAGGUAUGCUGGGUUUCUUCAGUCUCGGUAGCGAAGCGGCGUCCGGGAACUACGGGUUGUUUGACCAGCAGAUGGCGCUUCAGUGGAUUGCAAAGUACAUACAUAGUUUUGGCGGGGACCCCAAAAAGGUGACGCUAGUCGGUCAUUCUUUUGGAGCCUCGAACGCCAUCUAUCACACGCUGUAUCCGGGAAACAGGGGCCUCAUCCACCGUGUGGUCGCACUGAGCGGCACGGCGCUGCUACCUUCGGGUGGUAAAUCUUAUGUGCGGAACUCUAUUGAAACGGGUGUGCUUGAGGAGAUAGGCUGUCAGCGGGCGUCAGAUGCAGAUAUAAUGAGCUGCCUUCGAGGAAAGAGUCUAACCGACAUAUUAAACGCCUUAGACAAAAAGUCGUUCACGUUUGCACCCUCAGUUGACGGAACGUUCCUGCGCUCUUAUCCGGAAGUCAUGAUUACCGACCUGGCGAAGGAUGACAACUCUACGAAGGAGCUUGAAUUCCUGAACGUAGAUCUGAUGCUUGGCCUGAACAACAUGGAGGGCGGGGCGCAUGUCGCGCUGCUGUGGGCGGAGCGUUUGAACACCACGUACAAUGAGUUCAAUGUAAGCAGGGCGGACAUAAGGAACAUCGUAGUUCCCAUUGCUAUAAAACGGACUUUCGGUAGUAACAUAUCGCAAGCUAUUACACAGACCGUUAACUUUCAAUACAACGACGUUACUGGCACUGACGAUCCCCAGCGUCUACGGCAGCGCGUCGUUGACCUCUUCACGGAUAUAGACGUCGCGGCGCCGCUGGUUCGAACCGGAAACGUUCACGCACUGCUGGGGCAAGGUAGCACCUACCUUUACCAGUUUUCGGAGCCUUUGAAUCUUACGCAGGCGCCUGUUUGGUUGUCGGGAGCAAACCGCGCCGACGACGUCCACUUCCUGUUUGGAUUCAGUGAGCGUGGUCUGCAGUUUGUGAACCACGUGACGGGAUUCACGCCAACCGUAGAGCAGAGGGUGCUGUCAACAAGGCUCAUCAAAAUGAUCGCAAAGUUUGCGAGAACAGGAAAUCCCAAUCCGCUCAGCGCCGCUGGCGAUCCUCAGUGGCCUGAAUAUGACACCACGAGUACGACGUACCUAGACAUCUCCGCAGCGCACGUGACCCCUAAACACCACUUCCGGGAGCCAUUCAUGACCUUCUGGACAAGCGUGGUACCGGAACUGCUCACAGCGACCUCGCAGAACGCGACUUCUCCGCUUGUGUGCCCUAAGGAAAUCGGUCACACGAUUAAAGUGAACUUAGUCUCGGCUGAAAACAUCAUCAUCGCUCUCUCCAUUGUAUCCUUCUGUCUGCUAUGCGCUUGUGUGUUGCUCGUCUGCUUAUCGGUAGCUAGGGAGCCGACAUUGUAUAGCAACAGCAAAUACGCGGUGAUGAAGACCCCGAACUUGAGCGAGACCCCUUCUAUUUCCGGCCCGAGCGACAGCUGACUCUAAUAGUCAUCAUGGGUCCUUUUUUAAAGCGCAGAAAAUGUGAAGCAAAUCCAUAAAAUUAGCCUCGUUCUGGGAACAUUGGGCUUAAUGCAUGUGAGUGAAGUGUCGUCCCAGAUUAGCCUGUCCAGUCCGCACAAGCCAACCAUGGACGAUACAUUCCAUCUAGACCGGAUUUUUAUUUAAAAGAAAUUUUCUUAAAUCGAAAUUUUCCAUAAAAGCGUAAUGCACACACUAUUCUGGCAUGACACCUUAUUCGCAUAUAUUAAGCCCAAUAGUCCAGGAACGCGGCUCAAAUCAUAAACGUUUAUUAUUUAUUUAUGUUGCAGUCGGUUACGUCAAUAUUAAUUUUUCUUAGCAACAUUCCAUUUAAAUCAUUAACCUCUAGAUUUCUAACAAGUAACUUGACAUAUAUUCCAUAUUCCAUUCAUUACCUUAAAGUACAUUGAACGUUACAUUGUCUUGCCAGUAGCAAGUAUCUCGCCAUUUUAUAAGUAUUCAAGUAUGUUCGUAUGAACUGAAUGUUAAGAGCAUUUGGCAUUGUUUCCGACUAAAUUUUAUUGACGACAAGUGUACAACUGAUUGUGUAUAGUAUAUUACAUGUACGUUUAUGUGUUCUAGUUUUAAUGUAAAAUUAUAUUAGCGCGUUUUUUACAAAUUGUAUACAGUAUGUAUAUGUAUAAUUACAAAUGUAUAUUCUAAGUGUUUACGCACGUUUUAUAUUAUUAUUAUUUAGAUAAUAAAAUGUACGAACAGA